AGGGCGCGGCGCGGGUCAAAUCCAUAGAUGUAAUGGAAAAUAUUGCCGACAAUCCCAAGACUCAAGAAGAGGCUGCCGAAAAUGAGGACUGGGACGAAGACGAGGAUUACUCCGACGAUGGGUUGGAUGCUGAAGCAGAGGCAGAGGCCAUCGCGCGUCGGUUGAAUGAGCAGCUCUGGGCGGACAUAGCCAAAGCGCAAGCCGAUGCCGCUGCCUCUGCGUCUGCAGCGGCUCAGGUUCCCGCGACACCCGCUGUCGAACCACCUGCGCCUGCCAUUUCACUGCCUUCUGAGUCUCCUUACUCGCGCAAACAGUAUGCCGCGAUUUUGACGAUCAAGGCUGUCAUCCAGUAUGCUGAAAAAGAUGCGUUGUUUCGUUCUACACUGUCCAAUUCGAGUAUUCCGGACAAGGGCGAUGUCUUCAGUAUUCUAACUCGGUGCGCCGCUGAUGGCGUGGUAGCCAAAGGUCUUUCAAAGCCUCUCGCGCAGCUUAUGGUUACACUGGCUCGUUCUGACACUCUCUUCUCAUCUAUAAAGAAUUCUGACGCUUCUGUCAUCGAAUUGGAGAAGGGCAAAAACAAGAGGAAACGUGAAGCUGAAGCCGAGAGCGCGUACCCGUCACAGAAAAGGCCCUUCUAUACUCCAGACUACGAAUCUCUGAGUACUCAGGUACAGAACGCAGUGCUCAUUAUCACGGAUGCCCUGAGCAGGAGCAUGCCUACGAGUCCCCGCCCUGUGGACGCAUCCCUCAUAGCUUCCGUACAAGUUCCACUUCACCAAAUCUUCCUCUUUGCAGUCACUUCCUCCUCUGGAACACAUGGUCAAGGGGCACAUUUGCUACAGGAAAUCGGCGGGCUCAUACAAGUUCUCGGAGUUCUGAGCGGCAUCCAGAUCGGACAACACCCGGGCGUCGAAGCGUCCUCUGACAUUGGUACGGCAGUGUACCGAUGCCUCCUCCCAUCCUGCAACAAAACUUUCAUCCGCCUCUACUCCCUUCGCGCACAUCAGCGCCUCCACAGCCAGCUCACGGCCCAAGGCGACCGACCGUACCAAUGCAAUAUCUGUCCCGCCACCUUCGCCCGCAACCAUGAUCUAAAACGACACAUGAAACUGCAUGAAAGCAAGGCUUAUAAGUGCUUGGGCUGCAAUAAGACCUUUUCGCGCCGGGACGCCCUCAAGCGCCACAAGAAUGCCGCGCGGGGAAAGGGAGUAGGCAAGGGCGAGGAAUGCGUCGACGCGGAGGUCGUCGACGUGGAUCUCGAAGAGGAGGAGGACGCGCGUAAGGUGCGAAUGUACGCGUACCCAAGCGCGCAGCAGGGCCCGGACCUUAGCGGUGUCUUCGAGGAAGGGCAGAUUGGAGGUGACCUGGUGGGCGAGCUACAGCUGGUGGUCACCAGGCUGCACCCGCUUCUGCAGGAGUAUGUUACGAAGGCGCUAGGCACGCAGCCGGGCCAGUUGCCGCCGCCACCUGCUUCUACCGAUCUGGGUGCCGGUCAAGGCCAGACGACACUAGCGAGCGUUAUCGCCAGGGUACAGCAGCAGAACAAUAUUCCAGGCUUGGGAGAAGUGGGUAGCGCGAACGUGCAUCUGUCUCAGUCUGCAUAUGCUACAUAUCCGGAUGCCGCCCCACAAGCCCAUGCUGCGGACUUCAGUGGGCCAUCCCCUCAGACGGACAUCCAGCAGCCCUCGUCUUUAGCCAUGUAUGGCCUGUCCGAAGAGCAGACGAGGCUGUUGGAGCAAGCCAUCGCGAAUGCUGCCACUGCUGCACAAGCACAAGCCGAAGCCGAGGCAGCUAUGGAAGAAGAAGACGAGGACGGGGAGGCCGAUAGCGAGGACGAGGCUGGGGGAGAGCAGGCGUAGAAUGGAUAGAACGGCAUAUAUUAACCGUUUAUCCUUGAUAUUUCGCCAACCAAUCAAGUACGCAGUUAUGGCCCUGCAUCCCUUCAGUACUACGGGUCGCUUCUUCGAAACACUCCAGGCCUCCUGACCCCUCGGAUGGAGGGAACACUCUGCCCUCCAAGAUGUGGGAGCUGUAUGCAACCAUAUUCCUGGGGCGCGUGGUGAGAUGAUGGUGAACGCUGUAGGAAGUCUCACUCCUGACGCACAGCAGAGCUCGGCUAGUGGUAG